CACAACUCUGAGACCCCACCACCUUGGAUUCACUUUGGCAAUGGCCUCAGCAACAGCUUCCAAUCUCCCAACGCCCUCCAACAUAACUCCCCAGAGUCCCUCAACCUCUGCUCGCGCACAAUUUCCUCCCAUCAACAUUGGCACGCGACGAUCAGCUCUCGCCCAAAUUCAAGCUCGCUCCGUAGAAAAAGCACUCAAAGACGCCUACCCGCACCGAACAUACAACAUCUGCGCUGUGUUGGCGCAGGGGGACAAAGAUAAGGUUACACCAUUGCAGCAAUUGAGUCAAGGAGAGAAUGCGAAGAGCUUGUGGACGGGUGAGUUGGAGACCAUGUUAGAGAAGGGGGAGUUAGAUAUUAUUGUGCAUUGCUUAAAAGAUAUGCCAACACAACUGCCCGACAACCUAAUCUUGGGAUCUAUCCUUGAGCGCGAAGAUCCCCGCGAUGCGCUCGUCAUCUCGCCACGACUCCCGAAAAACACGACAAUCACCACACUCCCACCGAAUGCCACAAUAGGUACUUCGUCGAUUCGCCGUGCGGCCCAAUUACGACGUCUCUAUUCCACGCUCCAAUUUGCGGACCUCCGAGGGAACGUCGGGACCAGACUAGGCAAGCUCGAUGCCGAAGACUCUCCAUUCGCAGCGAUCAUUCUCGCAGCAGCAGGUCUCAAGAGGCUCGGUAUGGAAGAUCGAAUAAGUCAGUAUCUAAGCAGUGAUAAUGGGGGAAUGUUACACGCCGUCGGACAGGGAGCCUUGGCCAUCGAGAUUCGGAAGAAUGAUGACGCGAUGAAGGAGAUGCUGAAUAAGAUCCGGUGUGAACGGACAUCUCGAGCUUGCUCAUCCGAGAGGGCACUGUUGAGAGCAUUAGAGGGAGGCUGUAGCGUUCCGAUUGGCGUGGAAACGACAUGGAGGGGCGGGAAUGGAGUUGCUACCGGAACCGAAACUGCCCAGGAUUACGACAAGAAUAGGAAGGCGGUUGAAGACAGCCAAAUAAAGUUAGACGACCAAGAACUAGUUCUAAAAGCCAUCGUUGUUAGUGUAGAUGGCAAGGACUCUGUGGAACAUGUGUCAGUGCAGAAAGUCCGGUCAGUUGAAGAAGCGGAGACCAUGGGCAGAGAUGUCGCGAAAACUUUGCUCGAGAAGGGGGCCGAUAAGAUACUGGAAAAGAUUAACAUCGAGAAGCAGUGGGCCGCGAAAAAGAAGCUAGAGGAGAUAUCAGUAGCCUCGUGA